AUGGUGCCAUAUGAAGCACUUUAUGGAAGAAAGUGUAGAUCUCCGCUCUAUUGGGAUGAAGUUGGCGAACGAAGGGCACUUGGACUCGAUGCAGUCGAAGAGAUGGUCGAAAUCGUUCGACAAAUCCGCGCAAGGAUGAAGGAAGCCCAGGACAGACAAAAAUCGUACGCCGACGUCCGACGGACGGACUUACAGUUCCACGCUGACGAUAAAGUUUUCCUCAAGGUAUCCCCGUCGAAAGGGAUAACGCGUCUUGGGGUUAAAGGGAAACUGAAACCGCGUUUUAUAGGGCCGUACGAAAUUCUUGAAGGAGUAGGACCCGUAGCUUAUCAUUUAGCGCUGCCGCCCAGCCUUGGGAAUGUGCACAACAUCUUUCAUGUGUCACAGUUGCGAAAAUACGUAUUCGAUCCAAAGCAUGUGAUUCGCUACGAGGAUGUUGUCGUAAACCCGGAUCUGAGCUACGAGGAGCAACCCCAGAUGAUCUUGGAUCGAAAGGUCCAAACCUCGAGAAAUAAAUCCACUGCCUUCGUAAAAAUACAAUGGAGAAACCACGGGCCCGAGGAAGCCACGUGGGAGCGUGAGGAUAAGAUGAUGGAACUAUACCCGGAACUCUUCCCAUAA